AUGUUUUUAUCUCCGCAAAUUCUCACCAGUGUUAGCGCUCUAUCUUCGUCUUCUCUAUUACCAUCACCGGCUUCAAAUAACUCUAUUUAUCGGUGCCUCUCAAGCUCCAAAAUUCCUUAUUGCUUUCGCGUACUCCAGAACGUACCGGUUGCUCCUUUGGAAUCGCGUUCUCAAUCGGCAAGGAAGAAUGACGAGCUUCCUCCUGCAGCAGAAGCACUUGACAGAAAUUUGGAUACUGAUGGUGGGAAAAAAUGGACUGGAGGAAUUUCUGGAAUACAAGUGCCUAGACAGAAAUACAUCGCUGUUUCCAAAUCAGAGCUUUUGGAUGCCAUUGUCUCGAUGUUUGAGUCACGAGAAGAGGUCGAUCAAUUUCUUCUAUUGUCGUCGUGCUUGGAUUCCAUUCUUCAUGCCGAACACAAAAGUAUUUUAGAGGAAAUGCGAGUUGAUUAUGAUCUUACCCAGUCCAUGCAAAACAAGUCAACUACUUCUGAGGGUUUAACUAGUUUGGUAAGAAAAUGUGUACCUAACGAGAAGGAGUCUGACUCUAUCUUUGAUAAUCCUGUUGGGAUAAUUAGCAUGGAAAAAUAUGGGGAACAUAAGCUUGAACCUGACCAAGUGUUACCCUCCAAUUCUGCCCUGGACUUGAGAUAUCUCUUGGGUUCUUCCUCCAAAAGUGUCAAGAGCAAUUCUUGUGAGGAGUCCAGAAUUGCUGUGGCCACUAGUUUCCAGCGAGCUUUCAUGCAACUUCUUUGUAAUGCUCAGUUUGAAGAAUUGUCAGCUAGGGAUUUGAUGUUGACUUCUGCGCUAAAUACAGAUUAUCUACUUAACUUGCCAGUAUAUGUUGACUGGAAGAGAGCAUUUUCAUCCAAUGCAAUUAUAUUCAGAGCAAAUGCUUCUGACCGAUUAAGGAUGAGCCUCCGAAUUGAUCAAGUUCGAUUAAGUUGGCUAGACAAAGGUCCUAAUAUUAAAACAGAGGUCAUUUACUGUUCACGUGUGUGGUACAGGCGAGGUUAUGCUAUGGAGAGGCAGAAGGGCUUACUAAUUGUUGAAAAGCUGGACUACUUGCAGUCAAAACUUUUACAAGGAAUUUUCUUCAGUAUAUCCAAACCACUGGGAAAAUUUGGCCUCUGGCUAACAGAGGCUUUCAAAUGUGGUAGUCAGGUAGAAAAUGCACAAGUUUGGGCAAAUAAAAUUGUGAUGUGGCUCAAGGAACUGCCUCUACUCCAGAAUUCGCAUGAUUAUGAUGAACAUAUAUCUGAAAGCAUGAUUGAAGUUGACCAUUUAUUGGAAAGUGACCUUCCUAUUUGGCUGGCAGCUCAGAAGGCAGUAAAACGUUAUGAAGGAAUCCUCUCAACUGCUGGACCCCGUAGCAGGCUGUUAAGGAAGUUGCUUACAUGGAUCGGACUUAUUUCCCCAAGGCCGGAAAAAACAUUUGACCUUGACUCGGAUAUUUGUUCUUCUGAACCUUAUUUAAGGUUGGUGCUGAUUGAUGCCCCCCUCCCUCCCUUUUCCGCUCCAAGAAGAAGUAGAAGAAAAAGAAGAAAGGGACUUUCUAGUUUCUACAAGCUCAAGGCUACAAUUCUUGACAGGCCACUUUCCUUAUCAAGGAUAUCGCUUGGUGAUAUAUGGGAACCUGCAACAAGGAAAAGUUGUGGAAAUGAUCUCUGGAAAAUGUUAAAAACUGCUAUUUCCAUUCUUCUCUCUCAGUCAAUCCUCCAGGAGCCAGCAUUCCAAGAAUUAAUUUUGCUGUAUACUGAGGAACGGGGUGAAGAAGCAGCAGAAGAUAGAGAAGAUAGAGCUGUGGUUCCUUCAUUGCAGUUGAAGAUUUAUGAGAAAAUUCCUAUACCUGAUUUACCAGUUAUUUUUCCUCACAAGAAAUUGUCUUUUCGUAUUCUAGACACGUUUGCAGUGGGCUUCUGUAAUAUGUUGAACAAGAGGAUGCUGAUGCUGAGAUCUACUCAUCUUGAUCAGAUAUUGUAACCUUCAUUUGUAGGUCCGCUUGGACGUCUCUACGAUAUUGGGACUUUUGGCAUACUUCAUAAACUACAAAUUUGAGGACAUAUUAUCUUCACCGUAAGUAUGGAGUAAUACCCAAAAUUAUAUGUUGCUCAUGUAUUUUUUAUGAUCAUAAUGGA